AUGCCUAAACUAAUUAACUCGGUAGCUUACGAGCUGGGACUGGCCAAAGAAAAGAACAAAGACCUCCAAAGACGAAUCCAAAAGCUGGAUGACGAAGUCUUACAACUCAAGACCUACAUCAGAAAGAACAACCUCCCGUUACCUAAAGCAAAGCAACCAAUAACCUCGCAGCCAACCAUUGAGAAGGGGUUUCUUAAGACGACAAAAGCUUCGCGCAAUAGAAGUAUUCAAGCACCUACACAAGAGAAGUCGGCAUGUACCGAGAGCGUAGUGGUUUACGACAAUGGAAAAUAUACCGAGUAUCCAUACACCGAAUACAGACACGGAUACCGAUAUGUGGACGGAAACUUGGUGAAAAUUGAUAGCACCUGGGAUAGGCCUCAUUACUUGAAAUGGACCAUAUCGUCAGAUUAUAAGAAUAAAGGGCCGGGCCCAUGGAUACGAGCUUUAUGGGAACGCGAGAGAAAGGCUAAGGAGGAAAAAGACUCCCUUGGCUGGGGCAACGAAGAAGAUAGCGGCUAUGAAGAACCAAGCGAGUACUCGUCCGUGGACGAAGAAGAGCUUGAGAGCCAUAAAUCUGCCCACGAACUGCUCCGGGAAAAAUCGGAAGUUAACCGAAAAAGCCCAAGCCAUCUUCGAUAUGUCCCGAUUAGAAGCGAGUGUGUAUACGAUAUCCUAAAGCGAAGUUUACGACUAGCUCAGGAGAUAUUCUUUCACGGCAUCCAGAAAUGUUUUCCUUGCUGUGCUGACAAACUAGAUGGUCCACAAGAAGUGCUGUUCGGGCGGGUUGAGAUUAACAGGUUCUUUGGCGGUUGGGAUGGUUGGAAAAAACUUGAAAUCCUAGGGAGAUCGUAUGAUGUGAGGUAUCUCAAGUACGAAACCGAGGGGGUUACCGUAUUGCGCAAUACCGUGUGCCAUUAUAGCCACUACGAAGCUUCUAUGAACCUCGAGCACCACGAUAGCCUUAUAGAAGCCGUACAACUCCUAGCUAUUUUCUUCGCAGACGAACGGAGAGCCUUCCAAGCACGAGCCCUACGAGAUAAGCUCAUCGCGCACGCAGAGCAGUGUCUACGUCAGCUUGAAGACAUGUUAAUCCUUGCUGAACUACCGGGAGCUCGGCCUUGGCAACCGCAUCAAGCACGCGGAUUCAAACGUAUCAUCCUAAGCAGUGACUUCGAAAACGACGACAAGAGCGUACCCUUUGCGGUUUUACGUGCCGCACAGGACUGGAAUUUACGACGCCCAACGCCUGUGCGGAAAUGGCUACCACCCGAGGAGAUUGCAGACCAAUUUAUUUGAGUCACCGGAACUAAAACUUCAAUGACAAUAAUUCAUCGACUGCGGAGCGUCAUGCCGUCUUCGCCAAGUUGACA